CGGGUGUGACCAGCCACGCCAGGGCUAUGCUCCGGGACGGGACAGACGGGCCUGUGCCCUGAGGCGAAGGCGCUCCGGGCGGCCCUGCAGCGCGGCUGCCCCGAAAGGGUUACGAGGAGGGCUCCGCCCUUCCUGUACAUCGGUGUCCGCUUGGGUGACCUUCCCGGCAGCCCUUGCUGGCUCUGCCCCAACCGAACAAAGACGACAGGCGGUUUUCAAACAGCCGCUUCCCUGAAAGUUGGCUGCGGUAGAGCUGGGCUGCGCUGGCUGCUCCCGGCCGCCGGAGAAUGCGGCAGCGAGUUGGUGCCGUCGCCUGAGAGGACCCCGGCAGCCGUCGGGAGUCCCUGUACAGGACGGUGUCUUCUCCAGACCCAAGGGCAGGCUCUGCAGCACCAGCAGUUCCCACAUGGAGUUUCUACAGUUCUGCUUGCCGUGACCUUCUGGGCCAUCAGGGAACCACAGUGGAGUCCUGCCAGCCUCGUGCAAUGACCCAUCACUUGCCAGGACUCUCUCCAGGCUUCCUGAGACACUGAGUUGCUGCUUGAGAUCCUGACUGCUUCUGAUUCCUCACUGCUGCUGGCAGGGUGGGAUUGAUGUCCACUUCAGGACACUGGGAAGAGCCCAGCCCAUCACCAUCCUCUGUGCCCUUGGCAGACUGGGGGACCAAGCUAGACCCCUCUCUCUAAAGGGGCUCCACGUGAGCAAGGGACAGGCUUGGGGCUGUCCAUAUUCACUCUGGUGGGAAGAGCCACCUCCUUCACCCUUUCCACCUGGGAACCGUGUCACUGCUGGGGAUGGCAACACAUGGACUCAGAGCAAGGACCAGGAGCCUGGCAGCAAGGCACUAGCUGAGCCUGAGCGCCAUCACGGGGCAUAGAGCUGCUGGGGGGUGCCAGCAUCCCCACCACGGAUGCACUGCGGGGAUGUAGGUGCCGGGCGCAGCAGGAGUCCCGGCAGCAAUGGGCCGGCUGGACGACCAUGCCAAGAGGAGGAUCGUGGAGCUGCGCAGGGCUGGGCUGAGCUUCCGCAAGAUCAAGAAGGUGCUGGAGCUGGAUGACAUCCGGGUGACGCCGCAGGCCGUGUACCUCUUCCUCAAGAGGAAGAGUGUGGAGCCGGGGUCAGUGGCCCCUGGCUGGGAUGGGGACCAGCCCUGGCCCCCGCUGCAGGGGCAUGAGGCUGAGCCCCCCAGGCUGCUGGGCACCCAGCACCCUGCACUGCCCUCCGGGGAUCCCAUGGGCAGCCGGGCGCCCUGCAGGGCUGGCAGCCAGGACACCAAGGAAGGCAUCCAGAUUGUCAGUGUGGCCUCACUCUGCAAGGACGGUGGGCAGCUUGGGGACACUUUGGCUGUGGGGCUGGCCCCUGGAAAUGGUGAUGACAGCUCCACAGGCACAGUCCUGGCACCAGGAACUGCUCUGGGGGGCCUUGCCCCCCUGCCCCAGCCACUGCCCAGCCGAGGGCAGCUGGUCACACCCCCCACCCAGAACUCAGGCCUGGUGGUGAAAAAGAAGACAGUGGACAGGGCUAUCCUCCUGCAGAAAAAGGUCAAAGAUGCCAGCACUCAGACUGCCUUGCCAAACUCUGUGUGUCCAGGAAAUCACAGCCUUGCUUGGGGCGGACCAGUGCCCCCAACUGCUCCCAGCUGCCCUGCCAUUGCCGAGAAGCUGGAUGCUGUACAGAUGGAGGUGCAGAAGCUGAGCCAGGCCCUGCAUGCGGUGCUGGAGCGGCAGUGCCGCCUGGAACGCCAGCAGGAGCACCAGCAGCGGCUGCAGCAGGAGGUGCUGAUGACACUGCAGCAGCUCAGCUCCACCGUGAGCCACGGCGCUGUGCCAGCCACCCAGUCCUGUGGCCCCUUCAGCAGCAUGGCUGAGCCCUCACCCAGCAUGCCAAACUUCAGCCAGUUCAAGAUGGAGCUGAUCUGAGCUCCCACAAGGCCUGUGUGCGGCAGCAGUACUGUGCUAAUGGAGCCAGAUGGAAAAACCAUCUCUCAGAGGCUGCCUAAGGAUUACAUGCAGCGCCCAGCAUAUAAGGUCCCUGGUGCCUCAUGUUCCCAGCCUUGCUGACUGGAAGGGGCUGCCUGGCACAGAAGGCUGGACAGUGGAAGGCUGAGGCCUUGCUCCUCCUGUGCUGCUGAUCCUGGCUCGCACUGGAGGUGACUGGGGCCUAUGGACCUCAGCAGAAGGCAGUUGCCUGCAAGGAGAAGAUGCAGCUAACAUGGACACAGCAGGGAGGUGGGACUCCAAGGAUACAGGAAGCUUCCUUCCCAUGAGGGUCACUGCCAUGGUGAUCAAUCUUGCCCUCCCCUCCACAAAAGCUUGUUCAGUAAAAAUGUGUCUACACCACGGUUCA